GUAGGGGUAGGGGGGUUCCAAUACUAGCUGACAUCACUAAGGAAUGAGGAAUUCUCCGGGUCAAAACCCGGAGGUUUUCUCAGUGAUGUCAGGAUUCCUAUGAUGUAGAUAGGUAUUCGUGUCGUCUUUCCUUCGAGCUAAAUUCUUUCUGUCAAGCGUGAAUGCGUGAACUAUUUUAUUGAAAUUCGAAAAACUAGGUACCGUAGAUACUCAGACGAGGUGUGAAAUAUGCAAAUAAAUAGAUACAAGAAAGAAUUAGGUAUUUCAUUUUUUAUUUCGCGCAAAAUUGACGCCAUGAAAAUUGAAAAAAAUGCUUCAUUUUAAAAUUGUACAAAAAUCCGGAGAAGUAGCGGAAACUUGGAGCGGAAGUUGGACGAAGAAUAAUGAAGGAGGGCGAUGCCGAUGGUCAUGAUGAGAUGAGAACGAUAACUGCGACAAGACAGAACAUCUGGUUCCUAUCUGGCAGGGGGGGAGGGCUUGGCGUCACUGGCGCCGCUCACUGGCUAUCCUUUGUCUUAUCAGUUAUCGCUAAAUAGCUAAAUUUGCCAUGAUCGAUUUCCCGGCGUGUUUGUAAAGUCGUUUUUUUUUCAUCCUAAAUACUCGAAUUGCAAUUUUCAAUCGGCGUUCAAAUUUAAUUCUGACAGACUUUCCGGUAGCAAUGGAUACCCCUGUGAUUGGAAUUGACUUGGGUACUACGUAUUCCUGUGUCGGCGUCUUUCAGCACGGUAAAGUAGAAAUUAUUGCCAACGAUCAAGGUAACAGAACCACGCCGAGUUAUGUCGCAUUUACAGAUGACGAAAUACUAAUCGGAGAUGCAGCAAAAAGUCAAGCAGUGAGGAACAUUGACAAUACUAUAUUCGAUGCCAAACGAUUGAUUGGUCGUGAAUUUGACGAUGUUGCGGUUCAAGCCGAUAUGAAACAUUGGCCUUUCCAGGUCAUCAAUGAUAACAAGAAGCCAAAAGUCAGAGUUGAAAUCAAUGGCGAUUCGAAAACGUACUACCCUGAAGAAAUAUCGUCGAUGGUGUUGAGAAAAAUGAAAGAAACCGCCGAAGCCUACUUAGGUACAACAGUCAAAGACGCUGUUAUCACAGUACCAGCUUAUUUCAACGAUUCUCAAAGAGCAGCUACAAUUGAUGCUGCUAAAAUUGCCAAUCUAAACGUAUUACGUAUUAUUAAUGAACCGACGGCUGCCGCCAUUGCUUAUGGGCUUGAAAAAAAGAAAUCCGACGAGCAUAACGUAUUGAUUUUUGAUCUCGGAGGCGGUACUUUCGAUGUCUCGAUUUUGAGUAUCCACAAAGGUGUUUUCGAAGUUAUUUCAACCAUCGGUGAUACUCACUUGGGAGGUGAAGAUUUUGACAACAGAUUGGUCGAUCAUUUCGUUCAAGAAUUUAAACGAAAAUAUAAAAAAGACCUGACCCAAAACAAGAGAUCCUUACGUCGUUUACGAACUGCCUGCGAAAUAGCAAAGAGGACUUUAUCAUCAGCUACAGCAGCCAAUGUCGAAAUCGAGUGUCUUCACGAGGGUAUCGAUUUUUACAGUUCCAUCUCUCGCGCUCGUUUUGAAGAAUUGAACGCUGAUUUAUUUCGGAAAGCAAUGACAUUGGUUGAGAAAGCCAUCCAGGAUGUUAAACUCAACAAAACUCAGAUUGAGCACGUCGUUUUAGUUGGUGGCUCCAGCCGUAUACCAAAAGUACAGAAAUUGUUACAAGAUUUUUUUGACGGAAAGGAAGUAAAUAAAUCAAUCAAUCCCGACGAAGCUGUAGCGUGCGGAGCUGCUGUACAAGCUGCUAUAUUGAACGGUGACUGCUCGAAAGUGGUACAGGAUAUUGUGUUGAUAGACGUUACACCGUUGUCAUUGGGUGUUGGUACGAAAGAAGACCAUAAAUUGAUGGAAGUACUCAUUAAACGCAACACUACUAUACCAGCGAGAUGCACAAAGGGGUUCACCACCCGCCACGAUAAUCAAACUGUAUUACUUUUUAAAGUAUACGAAGGCGAAUUCGCUACAACGAAAGAUAAUCAUUUUCUCGAUCAGUUAUUGCUUACGGGUAUUCCUUCCGCACCUGCUGGUGUAGCCAAAGUUGAUGUGACCUUCGAAAUCGAUGCCAAUGGUAUCCUGAAUGUGACCGCCAUAGAGAAAUCAACCGGUAACGUAAACCAACUCACCAUCACCUACGAUAAAGGACGGCUCAGUAAAGAUGAAAUCGAGCGUAUGAUCGAAAACGCUGAAGGUGAUAAAGUCAAAGAAGAAAAACGAAAGGCCGCGUUAGCUGCCAAAAGUUCAUUAGAAUCGUAUUGUAUCAACGUGAAAAACAUCGUGGAAGAUGAAAAAUUGAAAAAUAAGAUCGAAAAAACCGAUAAAGACCUGAUCACGAAGAAAUGCGAGGAAACAAUUCUGUGGUUGAAUUCCGUCCAGCCGUCUGAAAAAGAAGUUUUUGAUCGUAAGCAACAAGAAUUGAAGAUGGUGUUUGACGCUGUCAUUUCGACUGCUAAUUGCCCCGAUGAACGAAACAAUAAGUUUUAUGAAGUACUGAAAGUGGGAAAAGAUGCCUCCGAACGGGAAAUUCGAAAUGCCUUCAGGGAUGUGGCUGCGAAAUACCAUCCAGACAAGUACCAGGGGGAUAAGGAAAUGGCUAAUAUGUUUUGGCUCUUCAUCAUGAAAGCAAAAAAUGCCCUCAUGAGUAACCCAGCUAAACGAAGGAAAAUUCAGUGACGGCGCAGGUGUGCCGAAAUAUGCGAUAGGUACCUGCAAUUUUACGAAUUCAAUUUUAAAUUUCGAUGGCUGAUGUUUUCUAUAAGAGUAUGUUUUUAUUUCAUUUCUGUCUUUUUAAUGAACGAUGAGUCGAUGGUAUUUUAAAUAAGUAUAGGUAGUUGAGAAGCUUCAGAAGUUUCCUUCUGUAAAUAUGUUUUUUUUGUUAUAAUUUUCAUUUAAUUUUGUUGCAACUUGCAUAUUUUUUUUUCAAAAGCGCUCGCUUUGAAUGAAAAAAAUUAUUUUUAAGAUUAUGUGAUUUCUAUGUUGAUAUCCGUACAUUGCUUGGUUGGUAAUUGCACUUUAUCUUGAAAUGUAUGUUCUGAAAAGUUUCUACGAAUAAUAAGUUUUUUACUUUGUCUAAAAUGUAAGGUUUGUAAGAUGUAGGUACUAAGUUAUGGAGUUCCAUCAUUCCAUGGUGGAUCAUGUUUGACUUUUUUCCUCAGGUAGGUAGGGGAGAGAUUUGAAAAAGAGUUGUUGGGGGUGGUGAUCAUAGAAGAAAUUUUGGGUCAUCGACUCGAAUCAUUUUUAUUUAGGUGGCUAGCCGCUAGGGUACGUAGUGGACCGUU